CAUACCAGGCAGAGGCAUUUAUGGUGCCAAUCAUACCAGGCAGAGCAAUUUAUGGUGGCCAAGUCAUACCAGGCAGAGGCAUUUAUGGUGCCAAGUCAUACCAAACAGUCUGAUAUGGUGCCAAGUCAUACCAGGCAGAGGCAUUUGUGGUGGCAAGUCAUACCAGGCAGAGGCUAUUAUGGUGCCAAGUCAUACCAGGCAGAGGCAUUUAUGGUGCCAAGUCAUACCAGGCAGAGGCUGAUAUGGUGCCAAGUCAUACCAGGCAGAGGCAUUUAUGGUGCCAGUCAUACCAGACAGUCUGAUAUGGUGCCAAGUCAUACCAGGCAGAGGCAUUUAUGGUGCCAAGUCAUACCAGGCAGAGGCAUUUAUGGUGCCAAGUCAUACCAGGCAGAGGCAUUUAUGGUGCAAGUCAUACAGGCAGAGGCAUUUAUGGUGCCAAGUCAUACUAGGCAGAAGCAUUUAUGGUGCCAAGUCAUACCAGGCAGAGGCAUUUAUGGUGCCAAGUCAUACCAGGCAGAGGCAGUUAUGGUGCCAAGUCAUACCAGGCAGAAGCUGAUCCGUUUCUUCUACUCUAUGCUGUCUGCGGGACUGGUCAGCAUCUCACCCAAGGUCUAUAUACCCAGUGACUCGAGUUGCAUUUAGUCUCUAUGCUUUAGGAACUAGAAUCAGCAUGCAGGAGACAUUGCAGUGAGGAACGUUCAAGCGAGAAUGAUGGACCGGGUGGGUUGUACCCCUUAUUAGCGACAAGGGUAUGCGUGGGUUGGAUCCUGUUGUCUGUAUAAGGGUAUAGACCUUUGGCUCGACUUUGGCUGACCUUAUUCCUCUGGGCUGACCUUACUAGACCUUCGUGUCACCUAUAGCAUUGCAGAUGUGUGUACGGGCGUUUUCGCUGACCUGACUUUGAAACUAAAUCAUCUGUUCUUUUACAGCUGUGUUUAUUUUUGCAGGAAGGCUACAUUAAAACCGAGCAAUGAAUUUAUGCUUAAUGCAGGGUUUGUAUAACAAUUUUGCUGGUUAGUUUUUCUAUUAUCAAGGUGUUUUGCAUAUUUUUUUUUCGAAUAUCUUGAUAUCUGUGCACUCUUUUGUAACGCAAGUGGUGGAAAAGGUACCAUGGCAUUGGCAUCUUUCUCUCUUUGUCUCUCUUUCUCUCUUUCUCACUGUCUCUCUCUAUCUCUCUUUCUUUCUUUCUUUCUCUCUUUAUUUCUUUCUCUCUCUUUCUCUCUAUCUCUCUUUCCCUCUAUCUCUCUCUUUCUCUCCCUUUAUCUCUCUCUAUCCCUCUCUCUCGUCAAAGUUUGCCUGUGGUAAAUCUAUAUGACUUGUUUUUCAAAGCAUUAUUAUCAAGAUGUGUUCUGUAUGCAUGUUUUCCUUAUGGGAUUGUGGAAGGAGUGACGUGUAAUUCCCUAAUGUUCAAAUGCUGUUUCUCUCGCUUCGGUUUAUAAGUCUAGUCUUUUGGUAUCUGACUGUGACCACGUUGUUUUAAUCUUUAUACUAUUCUGAGCCGUUUGAAGUGCCAUAGUGUAAGGUUUCUGAACUGUAUUCAUUGUGACAAAUGUAGAAAACGUAUGGAUGAGAAUACAAUACAAGGGAUGUAUUGAAACGGUUCCGAAUAUAACUUCGUCAGAAAUA